AUGAGCCUCUUUCCGCUAGCGAGCCUCGUUCCGGUAGCGAGGCCACGGUGCCUCGUUCCGGAACGCCGAGCAGGCGCAGGCCACGGUGGGGCGCGCCUCUCUGAAGCAGAGGGCGAGCCGCGCACGGGGCGCGUGGAGAGCGCUGCCUCUAUCGCUGCAGCGCAGAUGCGUGCCAACGUGCGGUCGUACAACGCGGAAGAGGAGAAAGCUCUCCGCGUCUGCCGGAUCGAGUUUGCGCCCUAUCCGUCGGGCAAAUACAACAAGUUGGAGGGAGAGGACGGGCCGGGCAGAGUCGCGGCCUAUGAACAGUGCCGCAAGGACCUGCCUGCGCUCUCGUCCUGGUCGGACGAUGAGAUCGAGGCGACCUUCACGUACAUGCAGUCCACGCCCUCCGAACUGCUCUUCAACUCGCCGAUAGGCCCUUUCCUGGUGUUGUCCGGCCUCUCUAUAUGGCGAGACGGCAUGGCGGCCUGGGGCAUCCCGCCCUGCAAGACGUACCUAGAUCUCUGCGAAGCCCUCCCUACCUUCCAGCUCAACGUGAUGGGAAGCUGA